GAAUAGACCAAUCCACACUUUACAAAAGUUAUGUCCCUUGGCCGCCAUCUUUGGGGAAAAACCCAUAUAUUUCUCACAGAAGCCUUUGUAGUUUAGAGGGUUGUAACUUCGUCAUUUGACAUUAGAAAUCAGUUUCCGCUGUGAAUUUGGAUUGCCCCAAGUUGGGGCAACCCACACAUCGAAGGAAUAAAUUAGAUUCCAAGAGAUUUCUUCACAGGGCGCCCAAAUAUUUGGUUGCAUAAAGAAGGGAAAAGUUGUGUUUUUCCCUUUUGACCUUUGGGUUGACCCCGCAAAGGGGAACAACUUUUGCAAAGUGUGGAUUGGACUAUUAUAGAUUCACAAGGCAGUUCUAUAUAUAACACCUGUUUUAUUUUUUUCCCUUUGUAAAGAGAUAAACUCUUUGGAGGGGGAGGGGGCAAGAAACAGGCAAAAAUAUGCGAUUACAGCAAACUUGUUUUGACACCAAAUUUAAUUAAAAUUAAUUACUGCACUAUAACUUUGCAGUCAGUCUCUCUUCACAUGACAUGUGUACACAGUCAUUUUCAGAGGCAAUAUAUAUACGAUGUCUCUAUGUUAUAGUAAUGUGACAUUCCGUAUAUAACUUGCAAUCAAGCUUAACUGCAUAUUGUUUUCUUAUUUGAGUACAUUUGGUCUCAAGUUUCCAAUAUUUUUACGACAAAUAAACAGUUCAAUCAUAGCACAACCAAGGUAACUCCAUCGAGGGAACAUUGUGCUAUUUUUAGAUCUUGGAAAAUCCCCAACAUUCGAUAAUGGCGGAGGUGUCGAAGAAGGCACAUUAUAUUAAAACAAGUAGUAAUUGCCCCUCUAUAUAUGCAUUUAUUACCGAUUUAUAAUCCCAGUUUCAAUAUAUCUCAAUCAUAAGUUCAGUUCUUUAACCGUUAAACACUUUCCCCCUUGCUGAGAUCGAUGUCGAUCGAAGUUAGCGACGCUCUCUGCGGGUGCAAACGUUUUUAUGAAGAUUGGACGAAAUAACGACAACUUUACAUUUACUUAUCACUGUUAGGAUCUGAAAUAAUUGGGAAAAGAUUUUUUGCUCAUAAUACAUAUCACGCUGGGAGAAAAUAACACAGUUGUUGACGGUAUAUGUGACUGUGUGAACGGCCAAGACAAGUGCCACCACAAGGCGUCUAUUCUUUUAUAUGGAUAUAAGAAUGUUAGCAAAACAGACGUGAGAGCUUCUUGGAUUCAGCAUCCAAAGCGAGCUCCACCAAAACAGACCACUACAAAGGAAGAACUAUUUCCACCCCCACCAAAUAUAGUCAAUUACAGCUAUGCUAUGGAUUGUAUCUAAAGAGCCUCCAUCUCCAACACUGGAUGUUCCAACUGUAGAAGAUUUGCUGCUUGGGGAAGGCUACACAGGAGCUACGGACAAGAUAAAGUGGCUGAAGACGAAUCUUGCAAUCUCCAAAGAGAAAAUAGAGCAGGUUGCACAGAUGACCGCAGGACAGAGGAAUAACCACCUCUGGGCAUUGGUUAGAAAAAACCGUUUGACUGCAUCCAACUUUGGAAAAGUGCUAGCUGCCAUCAGACGAAACAGGUUCCCACCCUCAUUGUUUAAACAAAUUCUUGCCUCGUAUGACCUAUCUACAAAAGAUGCUAUUGUAUGGGGAGUUAGCAAUGAGUCAGUUGCCAAAGCAAAGUAUUGCUCUUAUGGAGAUGCAGUUGUUGAAGACACAGGUGUAUGGUUGCAUGAGAAUGGUGUUUUAGGCGCAAGUCCUGAUGGCCUCAUUCGGCGGGCAGCAACCCACAACUAUAACCACCAAGCAGCAGAGAUGACUGAUGUGCUAGAGGCAAUGCAAAGUACCAGGUUCAUGAUGGCAGACAGGUGUACAGGCUUAAAGAAAAUCAUAUCUACUACGACCAAGUAAAGGGGCAGCUAUACAUCCUAAACAAAUCAGCCUGUGAUUUUGUUGUGUGGACAACUCGAGACAUUGCCAUUGUUAGGGUUCUCCAGGACGGCUUGUGGGGCCAGAACAUUGAGAAACUUACCAACUUAAAUUCUAUUUUGCUCAUUUGAUCUUUGUUAUUCAAAAAUGACUGUCACAAUAUCUGAGUUCCUACCUUAAAACUGAUAAAUAAGCUUGUAUCAGUUCAGCCAACUUUUUUCUUAAAAUAAACAGACCUGGUACUCCUGA